AUGGCAGAAAGGUUGGGGAGUGAAGAACUAGAAAGAAACUACCGCCUAGAGAAGAGGCUCAGAAGGGAGGAGGCAGAUGUAGACCAAAAGUUAGAAAGAUUGAAAGAGCAACUACUGAUAGAAUUGAGAGCACGAGACAACAACAAUCCCUUAUUACCAACCUCAUCGCCGUUUGUGAAACGGGCUCAACAAGAAACCAUAUUAAAGAAGUUCAUGAUACCAACUAUGGCAACCUAUGACGAGACAGAAAACCCCCGAAAGCAUGUCUUAAACUAUAAAAUAUUCAUGGAGUUGCAGACUCAUUUGAACGCCUUGAUGUGUAAAGUCUUCCCCACCACGUUAACGAGACUAGCCCCGACAUGGUUUAACAGCUUGGAGCUAGGGAGCAUCAAGAACUUCAUAGACCUGAACAAUGUAUUCAUCAGUAGAUUCAUUGCUGGAGUUCCUGCAGAAAGAAAAAUGAGCUACUUAGAAACUAUGCAACAGAGGAGGAAUGAAUCCAUGAGAGAAUAUGUGGAUAGAUUCAGCUCUGAGACUUUGCAGAUACCUGAGCUGGACGAGGGAAAGGCAGUAGAAGUCAUACAGAAAGGCACAACCUCCCUGGAGUUCUUUGGGUCGCUGUGCAGAAAGCCCCCUACUACCUUGUCAAAGCUAAUGAAAAGGGAAAGGAAGUACAUAAGGUAG